AUGGCGUCGGCGUCUGAGAGGCGGCACAUGCGGCAACGCCUUCACCAACGUUUUUACUCUGAGUACCCUCUUUUUGACAGGUUACCAUUUAUUUUACAGCUCAGCCUUGGACCAGAUAAAAUGGUAAUAGACCUCACAGAUCCAAAUCGGCCCCGGUUCACAUUACAGGAGCUGCGAGAUGUAUUGCAAGAGCGAAACCAGUUGAAAGCUCAGCUUCUUGUGGUGCAAGAGGAGCUACAGUGCUAUAAGAGUGGGAUUAUCUCACAGAGAAGGGACCAAGCUGAAGAACUGGAAAAAGAAGCCAGUGGCAGCAGCCCUGCCACCAGCAAGGACAGCGAAGAGAAGACAAUCAUCAAACGGCUGUUCUCUUUUAAACAUGGAAGAUGA